UUUCAGAGCAGACUCAUUAUUUUUCAAAUUUUACGCUAAUAACUGUAUCACGUCUGAUAUAAAAGGCAAUAUCAACCGUAAGGAUCUCAUUCCAACCCAGUCUCUCAAAAGAUCAUUAUGGUUCACAGGUUCAUCAUUUUGGUAGCUUCCUUGGCUUUCGUCAAUGCCGGAAAUCCACAGUACGAGUUCGGCUACGAUGUACAAGAUGGUCUGACUGGUGACUCCAAAAACCAAUUUGAAGCUCGCAGUGGUGACUUCGUUCAAGGUCAAUACUCACUCAAUGAUCCUGACGGUACCAGACGUAUUGUUGACUACACUGCUGAUCCAAUCAACGGUUUCAACGCUAACGUUCGCAAAGAACCUCUGAUAUCCAAGGCCGUUGUUGCUGCUCCAGCAAUUGCUAAGGUAGCUGCCGCACCAAUUCUUCCAGCUCUGAGAACCUCCGCGAUCUUGCCUCAACCAGCCAUCGCUGCCGCACCUCUUCUGAGAUCUACCAUUGCCAGUGCCCCACUUCUCAGUUCAUACGCUGCUCCAGCAAUUGCAGGAUCUCCUUUGUUGAGAUCUUAUGGAUACGGUUUGAAUUCCGGAUCUAUCUUGGCCUCAAACUCGAUCUUAUCAGCAAGAUUGGCUGCUCCUUCUUUAGCAUACUCAGCUGGAUUAGCUCCAUCUCUUGGAUACUCAGCAGCUUAUGCACCAUCUCUUGGAUACUCAGCCGCUUAUGCACCAUCUCUUGGAUAUUCAGCGGCUUAUGCACCAUCCCUUGGAUUUUCAGCUGCCUAUUCUCCGGCUUUGGGAUAUUCUGGAUCCCUUGGUUACUCUGGCCUGGGCAAGAUUGCUUCUCCAGCUCUUGGUUACUCAACUCUCAUCCAUUAAAUCAGUUAAUAAUAUGUAUAUUUUGUUGAAGUUGCACAAUAUUUCAUAUAUAACAUGAAUAAAUUAUUCUAAUGUUU